GGUUUGCCGUGGUUUGUUCCGUACUUUUCUCCAUACACUGGUUGGAGGUCUAUUCAUCACCUAGAGACCGCACCUCGUUUUGGAGACCAAUUCAAUUCGACGGUCAGUAUCCCAGAUUCCAGGUACAUCUGGUACCAAUUUGCUAACUCUGCAAUUCUAGGCUUGACCUCUCCUCUCUCUUCCGUCUUCCGAUAACGGUCAGUACCGAUCUAUCCAUCCACCCGGUUACACACGAGCGGCUUUCAACCCAACAUCUCCGGCCAUCAUCACCUCGCCCCCUUCGCCUCCCGCAACUCGAGAUAGAACGUACAACCGCGACCGAAACGCAUACUGAUACUGCAAGAUAGUGUACACAUCAAUCAUGGCCUCAUCAAUGGCGUUGAGGAGGUUUGCUGCUAAGCCUGCUUUCUCGCAGGCGCGCGCAUUCUCCACGACCAGAUCCGCCGCGCGGAUUUACGCGAACCAGCAUCUCCGCGCAAAGGAGGCUUCACCCUACCUGUCCAGCAAGUACCCCGUCGUCGACCAUGAGUACGACGCCAUUGUUGUCGGUGCCGGUGGUGCUGGUCUUCGUGCUGCCUUCGGUCUUGCAGAGGCUGGCUUCAACACUGCCUGUAUCUCCAAGCUUUUCCCUACCAGAAGUCACACUGUCGCCGCUCAGGGUGGCAUUAAUGCCGCCCUCGGAAACAUGCACGAGGACGACUGGAGAUGGCACAUGUACGAUACCGUCAAGGGUUCAGAUUGGCUCGGUGACCAGGAUGCUAUUCACUACAUGACCCGUGAGGCGCCCGCCUCCAUUGUCGAGCUUGAGAACUACGGAUGCCCCUUCUCAAGAACUGAGGAUGGCAAGAUUUACCAGCGUGCUUUCGGCGGUCAGUCUCAGAAGUUCGGCAAGGGUGGACAGGCCUACAGAUGCUGCGCUGCUGAGGAUCGUACUGGUCACGCUCUUCUUCACACUCUCUACGGACAGUCUCUCCGUCACAACACCAACUACUUCAUCGAAUUCUUCGCUCUCGACCUGAUUAUGCAAGAUGGCGAGUGCCGCGGUGUCGUCGCCUACAACCAGGAGGACGGCACUCUGCACCGUUUCCUUGCUAACCACACCGUCUUGGCCACCGGCGGAUACGGACGUGCUUACUUCUCUUGCACAUCUGCCCACACCUGCACUGGUGACGGUAUGGCCAUGGUUGCUCGUGCUGGUCUGCCUAACCAGGAUUUGGAGUUCGUUCAGUUCCACCCCACUGGUAUCUACGGCGCUGGCUGCUUGAUCACUGAGGGAGCCCGCGGUGAGGGUGGUUACCUUCUGAACUCCGAGGGUGAGCGCUUCAUGGAGCGUUACGCCCCCACCGCCAAGGAUCUUGCUUCCCGUGACGUCGUCUCCCGGUCCAUGACCAUGGAGAUCCGCGAGGGACGUGGUGUUGGCGAGGAGAAGGAUCACAUCUUCCUGCAGCUCAGCCAUCUGCCCGCCGAGGUUCUUCACGAGCGUCUGCCCGGUAUCUCCGAGACUGCCGGCAUUUUCGCUGGUGUCGACGUUCGCACCCAGCCUAUUCCCGUUCUGCCCACCGUCCACUACAACAUGGGCGGUAUUCCUACCAAGUACACCGGUGAGGUCAUCACUGUUGACGAGUCUGGUAACGACAAGGUCGUCCCUGGUCUGUUCGCCUGCGGUGAGGCCGCCUGUGUCUCUGUCCACGGUGCCAACCGUCUGGGUGCCAACUCUCUCCUCGACUUGGUCGUCUUCGGCCGUGCUGUUUCCCACACCAUCCGUGAUAAGUUUACUCCUGGUACCAAGCACAAGCCUCUGGCUGCUGAUGCUGGUGCUGAGGCCAUUGAGACUCUGGAUGACGUCCGCACGCGCGAGGGUAGCAGAACCACCUCCGACGUUCGUCUGUCUAUGCAGAAGGCUAUGCAGACUGAGGUCAGCGUUUUCAGAACACAGGAGUCUCUGGACGAGGGUGUCCGCAAGAUGACCGAGAUUGACGCUCAGUUCCCCGACGUUUCCAUCAAGGACAAGAGCAUGAUCUGGAACUCUGACUUGGUUGAGACCCUUGAGCUCCGCAACCUGUUGACCUGCGCUUCCCAAACCGCCACUUCCGCCGCCGCUCGCAAGGAGUCUCGUGGCGCCCACGCCCGCGAGGACUUCCCCGACCGUGACGACGUCAACUGGAUGAAGCACACCCUCUCCUUCCAAAAGAACCCCCACGGCAAGGUCGACCUCGGCUACCGUGGCGUUAUUGCCAACACUCUGGACGAGAACGAGUGCAAGGCUGUUCCUCCCUUCAAGCGUGUGUACUAAACCUGUUAUGAUUAGAACCGGUGUCGGGUGUUAGAAGGAAAUUCGGUUAUGCGAGGAGAUGGGAAGACGAAGACGAUGGGAGGGUCAGAGAGUGGCGGAAGGCAAUAUCAAAGGCAAUCGUAAUACCACGACAACAAUUUAGUUAAUGAUCGUGGAUGAGCCGCGUGGGGGAUAUCGCUACCUGGACCCCUUGGAAUCAGGCUAUUAGGGCUGGUGCAUACACCGCAGGCUUUUGGGCUUUGGCUCUGGAGUUAAAAACGUGUAAAGUAGGAGGAGAAAUUCAUUUUGUUCAAAGACUUACACUAGGGCUGGCUAUCUUGUGUGCCAUGACUCUUCGUCGGAUAGUACUGAGCUAUUAACUUCAUGUGAGGCACAGAGG